GCAGUGCUCAUUUACUGGAUCUGCUCUUUGUUAUCAGAGCCUUUCCCUCCUCUGCUUUUUAUUUUCAGGAGAGAGAGAGAGAGAGAGAGGGGGGAGUUUAUUCUUCCCUUUUAGCGGAUUGAUUUCUGACUGAAUCUGGAUCUGGUUUGUUUUCCUUCCUCGAGGCUGCCGCUGCAGGGACCAGAGCCGACGCUUCUACCAAUGUAAUUAGUGUCAAAUAAACUGGUUUAAACGUCGGAACAAAAGGACGUUGAAGAUUUUUUUUUUUUCCCUCUUCCCCCCCUCCCCACCACCUCCACCCGGUCUGUCAAUCAUUUUUCACCACUGCAGUUGUCAACUUGGAGCCCUGCUGGGAAAUGGACAAACCCCUCUAAAGUGUAGACGCUGCUCGCCUCACCGACACAACCACAGGACGUGAUUUGGACGAGGAUCCCCUGGGUGGAGGUAACGUCUGUUUUCGCGACGGACCAGAGGAACAUGUUUACUCCCCUGUUUCCAUGGUAACCAAGAGGCGCAUGCACGCCCAGGCCAGGAGUUAACCUCAGUGUUCGUCUCCUCCGCCUGCCUCCUGUGAGAACUACACUACCCACAAUUCCUGUGAACUGACGACCCGGUCUGACAUUUUGAUCAGUUCAACAAGUACACUCAGAGUAACAACAACAACUACAACAACAGCACCUAAACUUCUGUGAAGAGGACCAGAAUGGCCAACAACACGGCGGACCACCCUGCGGGGAAUUCGGUUGCCGAGGGCAACCAUGACGGGGACUUUGGGGUGACCACGUCGGAUCUGAGGAGCCUGAUGGAGCUGCGGAGCGCCGAGGCCGUCAAUAAGAUACGGGACACGUAUGGAGAUGUGCAGGCCAUCUGCCGCCGCCUGAAAACAUCCCCCAUAGAAGGUCUGUCUGGUAACCCCGUCGAUCUGGAGAAACGUCACACGGCAUUUGGAAAAAACUUCAUCCCCCCCAAGAAGCCCAAGACAUUCCUGCAGCUGGUGUGGGAGGCUCUGCAAGACGUCACGCUUAUAAUCCUGGAAAUCGCUGCCAUCAUCUCGCUGGGCCUGUCCUUCUACCAUCCACCAGGAGGCGACAGUGAAGCAUGUGGCCAGGUCGCAGGUGGUGUCGAGGACGAGGGCGAGGCCCAGGCUGGCUGGAUCGAGGGUGCUGCCAUUUUGUUCUCGGUCAUCAUCGUGGUCCUGGUGACGGCCUUCAACGAUUGGUCCAAGGAGAAGCAGUUCCGUGGGCUGCAGAGUCGCAUCGAGCAGGAACAGAAGUUCACCGUCAUCCGCAAAGGCCAGGUCAUCCAGAUUCCUGUGGCAGAGAUCGUGGUGGGAGACAUCGCUCAGAUAAAAUACGGAGAUCUGCUGCCUGCUGAUGGGAUCCUGAUCCAAGGCAACGACCUGAAGAUUGACGAGAGCUCUCUGACUGGAGAAUCCGACCAGGUUCGCAAGUCUUUGGAGAAGGACCCUAUGCUGCUGUCCGGAACCCACGUGAUGGAGGGAUCAGGCAGGAUGGUGGUGUCAGCCGUCGGCCUCAACUCUCAAACCGGCAUCAUCUUUACUCUCCUGGGUGCCAGUGAGAACGACGAAGAGAAGAAGGUCAAGAAAAGUAAAAAACAAGGACCCCCUGAAAAUCGCAACAAAGCCAAGACCCAGGACGGCAUUGCCCUGGAGAUCCAGCCGCUGAAGAGUGAGGAGGCCGCCGAGUCGGAGGAGAAGGAGGAGAAAGAGGAGGCCAAACCAGUGAAGAAGGUCAACGUGACAAAGAAGGAGAAGUCGGUGCUGCAGGGCAAACUGACCAGGCUGGCUGUACAGAUCGGGAAAGCUGGUCUGAUCAUGUCGGCUGUGACCGUCAUCAUCCUUAUCCUCUUCUUUGUGAUCGACACCUUCGGGAUCCAGGGUCGGUCCUGGGUGGCCGAGUGCACCCCCAUCUACAUCCAGUACUUUGUCAAGUUCUUCAUCAUUGGUGUGACAGUGCUGGUGGUGGCCGUUCCUGAGGGGCUGCCGCUCGCUGUCACCAUCUCCCUGGCCUACUCUGUCAAAAAAAUGAUGAAGGACAAUAACCUGGUCCGUCACCUGGACGCCUGCGAGACCAUGGGCAACGCCACGGCCAUCUGUUCGGACAAGACGGGCACGCUGACUAUGAACCGGAUGACGGUGGUGCAGGCGUACAUCGGCGACACGCACUACAAAACUGUCCCUGAACCGGACGCCAUCAAACCAGAGACUCUGGAAAUGAUGGUCAACAGCAUCGCCAUCAACUCAGCGUACACCACCAAGAUCCUGCCUCCAGAGAAAGAAGGCGGCCUGCCCCGCCACGUGGGCAACAAGACUGAGUGUGCUCUGCUGGGCCUGGUGCUGGACCUGAAGAGGGACUAUCAGCCAAUCAGAGAUGAGGUCCCUGAAGAGAAACUCUACAAGGUUUAUACCUUCAACUCUUCCCGCAAGUCCAUGAGCACGGUCCUGAAGAAUCCUGACGGAGGCUUCCGCAUGUACAGCAAAGGAGCGUCAGAGAUCGUCCUGAGGAAAUGCUCUCGUAUCUUGGACCCCCAGAGCCAGCCUCGCGUCUUCAAGCCGAAGGACCGUGACGAGAUGGUGCGUAAGGUGAUCGAGCCAAUGGCGUGCGACGGGCUGAGAACCAUCUGCGUGGCCUACAGGGACUUUCCCGCCGAGGCCGGAGAGCCAGACUGGGACAACGAGAACGACAUCCUGAACGAGCUCACCUGCAUCGCCGUGGUCGGCAUUGAGGACCCCGUCAGGCCUGAGGUACCCGAGGCUAUUUCGAAGUGCCAGCGUGCAGGCAUCACCGUACGCAUGGUUACUGGAGAUAACAUCAACACUGCCCGUGCCAUUGCAACCAAGUGUGGCAUCCUGCUGCCCGGAGAAGACUUCCUGUGUCUGGAGGGCAAAGAGUUCAACCAGCAGAUCAGAAACGACAAGGGAGAGGUGGAACAAGAGCGUCUGGACAAAGUUUGGCCCAAACUGCGCGUUCUGGCUCGUUCGUCUCCGACAGACAAACACACACUGGUCAAAGGCAUCAUUGACAGCACGGUGGGUGAAACCCGACAGGUGGUGGCGGUGACAGGAGACGGCACCAACGAUGGCCCCGCCCUCAAAAAAGCUGAUGUUGGCUUUGCCAUGGGAAUCGCUGGCACAGAUGUGGCGAAGGAGGCGUCUGACAUCAUCCUGACCGAUGACAACUUCACCAGCAUCGUCAAGGCCGUCAUGUGGGGGAGAAACGUAUACGACAGCAUCUCCAAGUUCCUGCAGUUCCAGUUGACUGUGAACGUCGUGGCUGUGAUCGUGGCGUUCACCGGCGCCUGCAUCACACAGGAUUCUCCUCUGAAGGCCGUCCAGAUGCUCUGGGUGAACCUCAUCAUGGACACACUGGCAUCUCUUGCUCUGGCCACCGAGCCGCCCACCGAGUCCCUGCUGCUACGUAAACCUUACGGCCGCGACAAGCCACUCAUCUCCAGGACCAUGAUGAAGAAUAUCCUGGGCCACGCUGUGUACCAGCUCGUCAUCAUCUUCACCCUGCUCUUCGCUGGUGAGACGUUUUUUGACAUCGACAGCGGCCGCAACUCUCCUCUGCACUCGCCACCGUCUGAGCACUACACCAUUGUGUUCAACGUGUUCGUCAUGAUGCAGCUCUUCAAUGAAAUCAAUGCCAGGAAGAUCCACGGAGAGAGGAACGUGUUCGAGGGCAUCUAUAGGAACCCCAUCUUCUGCAGCGUUGUCCUGGGGACCUUUGCCCUGCAGAUCAUCAUCGUUCAGUUCGGAGGGAAGCCCUUCUCCUGCACGGCUCUGACCAUCGACCAGUGGCUGUGGUGUGUGUUCAUCGGUGUGGGAGAGCUGCUGUGGGGACAGCUGAUCUCGGCCAUCCCAACCCACCACCUGAAGUUCCUGAAGGAGGCGGGUCAUGGCAUCACAAAGGAGGAGAUACCCGACGAGGAGCUGACGGAGGGCGCGGACGAGAUCGACCAUGCUGAGAUGGAGCUGAGGAGAGGCCAGAUCCUCUGGUUCAGAGGUCUGAACCGCAUCCAGACACAGAUUAAGGUGGUGAACGCGUUCCGUAGCUCCCUGUACGCGGGGCUGGAGAGCCCAGAGUCCCGUAGCUCCAUCCACAGCUUCAUGGCCCAUCCCGAGUUUGUCCCCCUGUCCGAGGAGGAGGAGGCUCGCAUCCCCACCAUCCAGGAGACCGGAGAUGAGAUCGACCCCCUCCUCAGCGCCUCUUCUGGGGCGAGCGGAGGAGGAGAGCCGCCCGGCGUCUUCCCCCACAGCCGCGAGCCAUCCAUUUGAGCUCCUCCUCCCUCCUCCUCCACCUCCUCCCUCAUCUUCAUCAGCAUCAUUUGUCAUCCCACCAACUGAACUGUUGCACUGAGGAGGGAAGUCAUCACUCUGGUCAUCCCCUCAUUCUGCACGCACACAUGUUUCACGUUGUCUUCACCCCCCCCCCCCCCCCCACUCAGUCAUUCCUGCCACGUUGUGUUUUUCAUACUGACUGUGGCGUCGUUCUGCCUGUAAGUCUGUCCCUCCACAGCCACCACACACACAAACCAGUAGAGGGUGGAAUCCAGAGUCUCCACAGUGGAAGGCUUGUCCUUUUUUUUGUCCAUUCAUGUAUAUUUUUUACUCGAUGAUCCUUUUGAAAAGCUUUUAAGCUAUGUUGGGUUCGAUCUUUGUGGGGACUCGCAGCAGCAUGUUGUGUUCUGUACUCGCUUCAUUCCUGCUUAACGCUCUCAAAAGCCGCACCGAACUUUUCAAAGAGUGCAGUGAUUCUCAUGUACAUACGCUUCUGCUCUUCUACACAGCUAACAGUCGGGUUUGGUGAUCAGAAGAUUUUUAGGCAAAUGCAAAAAUGUAACCUCUUUCUUUUUCCUUUUUUUUUUUUUUUUUUUAUAUGUUGAGCAUUUGUUUGUUUCUAGAACUUCUAACGAAUGUUAAUUGAUGGUUGAUUCAAACUCCUGAGAAUGUCUUGUGAGUGUGACACUACAGUCUUCAAGGUUCAGCUGUUAAAAAAAAAGAUGUUCUUCCCUUUAUCUUGUCUGUAUGUGUUGGUUUUUUCUUUUUAGCUGCUGUGUUGCAUGUGGAAAGACAGAAUGUUUACUACCCAGAAAUAUCGAACAUCGCGGCGUCCAGAGAGGGCUCGCUUUCUGCUCAGUGGGAGUCUGACCUCAUCUCAUCCAGUCAGGGUCCUGGUUCUCUCAGCCCCCCGCGCCACAGUGCGUCCACAGUGUUGAUAGGAAACAGCGGUGUGGAUCGUGUUCCCUCCUCUAGUAGGAUGCAUGUUAUGUUUCAUUCGUGUUGAGUCGCAUGAUAAACUUAGGAAUGAAUAUUUGGGAUUCUGUUUAGACAACCAUCUGUGUGUUAGUCUGCAGCAGCGUCUGUUCAGAGCUCUGUGAACUUCCUGUCCGUAGAACUGAACAUCCUGUGACCACAACAGGACGAAAACAGACUCGAACACGGAGGACACUGUGGCAGGGCAGUUAAAGCCCUGUUUAACUUGACAGCUGGGCAGUGGGUGUCUUCGUACAUGGACGUGUUCCACACGUUGGCUCAUCUGUAGGCGAGUACAGUCUGCGUACACGUGGUCCUAAACAGAGCCUAUCCCAGCUCACUUUGUGUGAAAGGUGGACACAGUCUGCUCUGGUCCUCUACUCAUUGAGCGACCGUGCACUGAACUCUGGGUUGGUUUCUGUUUAUUUAGGUUUAAUAAAUACACUGACAGAAACGUAGACCCUCACGACAAUGUGGAAAGUGUAACUUUGGCUUUGCUUUCUGACACAGUGUCAGAGUCGAGCAAAUAUUUAGCUCACAUCAUUCAUGUUUGGGUCCUCCAACCUGAACACCACUGCCACAGGAUGAGACGUGUUCCUGCUGAAGACUUAUGUGUUCAACUGUGUCGACCACGAAAGAUUUACCUUGAGUCCGAAUGUGCAUUGGAACAGGAGGGCCCACGGUAUCGAUGAGUCUGUUUUGCGUCACAUUACAGGAAGUUCGAUUCUACAGACAGGAAGUUAAUGGAUUUCUGAACAGGGUCUGGACUGUCUGUCUGUGUUUCAGACAAAUCUUAGUACCACUUCUGAUGUUUCCCUUGUUUGUCAGCUUUUACUAAUGGAAGAUAGAUCAGCUGUCAGUGACAUCCCACAGCCUGCAGCAGAGGAGGUGUUUGAUCAUUGCCGUCAUCCCUCUUCGGGCUGCUGUGUUUGAUUAACAGAUGUCAGUGUGGCGGCCACGCUGAGGUUUAUGGGAGACUGAUGAUUUCAGCCUGUAGGGUUAAAUCCACUGUGUGUCCCUGCUGCCGCUCAGUACUUCCUGCCUGCCGUCGUCCGCAGAUUACUGUCUUAAAAGAAGAAGGAAUCAUCCUCCAAUCAGAAGCAGCGAUGCGUCUAAUCCCCUCUUAGUCUGACUAGCAGCCAUCAACCGAUGUAUGAACUAGGACACGCUAUUGAAGUAAUGUGCUACUACUGCCAUAUUUCCAACUUUUUGUCAUGACUAGGUUCUUCCUCUCCCCUCUGAUGAGCUUUUUCUAUGUAACUCAGAGCCAUAUUUUAUAGGUUGUCUGUAUUGUUUUUUAUCUCAUUGUUAUUGAGGUUUCCUUUGGACUUUUUCACCCCUGACCCCCUUGACCUCCCCACCCCGUCCCCGCCCGCUCCUCCCCUGGCCCUUUACUCCAAACAUGACCAAAAGGCAAGGAGAAAAUCUUCAGUCGUCACUGCCGAACCAAGUUUAAAGGACCUCUACAAUGUUUACAUGAAAAGCAAGUGGGUGGCAGUUCGCCUGCGCUUCUCUCAUCCGACCACUUCCCUUUCAUUCCCUUGCUUUCCUGAAUCUUAGAGUUACUAUUUAACUAAAUGGGGAAUCUUUCUUGCAUGGUUUUCAUAUAAAAUUCAAUGUUUUGCUCAUUUUUUACAAUUCUUCUGUAUUUUUAUAUUAAGUACUUUUUAAUAUUUUGGAGAUAUAUGAAUAUAUAUGUAUAGGCUGAAGAGUUUGGUGACAGUACAGUACAUGAAUGAGAUGAAUCUACCGUGGACUGUCUUUUUACAGCUCUCUAAAUAUUUAUGCCACGUGUGUCGUCUUGGUCACCUGAUGUUAGGGCUCAGAAACCUGCAGUGACUUGUUUACUUCCUGUCGGCCGUUCAAUUUGAAUCUCAACAAUCUAGUCUCAUCAGCCCCCUUUUACAUGAGUAUAUCCAUUUUAUCUAAGAUGUUGUGACACACUACAAGCUAUGUGAUUCCACAGUUAUCCAACUCCAUUAGAGUUCAGCAAAUGCAACGUGAAUACAGCUAACUGUAUCAAACAUUAAAUGGGAG